ACAAUAUUGCAAUCAAUGUUAUGUAGAACACUGACAACAACCAGAUAAUAAAUGAAGUCCCCAGCAAGAAAAGUGAGGAUGGAGGAGCAUACAAGAAGGGGCAGGAAGGCGGGGAGCGUGCGCGGCGGCCAGGAGGAUGUCAAGCCAGCCUCGUGGUGGAAGAGUGCGGCAGUCGUGGCCUCUCAGGAGGUAACGUUGGCUGUUGUGUCGCGUCUCUGGCCUCGACCGCUACUUUGUCGCUCGCCAGGGCUCCGAGCGCGGCGCGUUAAGGUUGUGAAGGGGAAGCGAGUGGGCGACGCUGCAGUAACAACUGUGGAGAACUGUCAUGACCAGCAUCGCCAGCAACGGAUGCGGACGAGGAGGUGAGGGGAAAGGUGUGGGCGUCUGCACCACUUUUCUGCUACAUUGAACCCACCAAAGGCUGCCAGUGCUCGAAUAACGCAGCAGAGAGCGUGACAUAAGAAGAUAAUAAAAACACACGCUUCUUUUCGAGAAAAUGGAAAACUCGAUGACCGUAUGACUCCUAAUGUAUGAUAACAAAGCAUCUAAAGGCUUCCUGUGCUCGAAUAACGCGGCAGUGAGUGUGACAUAAGAACAUAAGAACAAAAACACACUUCUGGAAAAAAAAAAAAAAAACGGAAAAAACUAGAUGACCGUGUGACUCCUAGUGUAUGAUAACAAAGCUUCUACAGUAUUACUCAUUAGCGGAUAAAAAAACAAAAACAAAACUGAGGUCAAAGAAAUAUUUUAUGUAAUCUUGCGUAACUCCCAGUAUACUCAGUAGUAACAAAGCCUUUACAGUAUCACUUUUUGGUGAAUGAAAACUGAGAUCAGAGAAAUGCAAUAUGAUAUGACGAGAUACUGAAGCUAGAGAGACAAAAUGACUGAGACUGAACUAGCUUGAAACAUAAGAAACAUAAGAAAAUAAGAGAAGCUGCAACAAGUCAUUCCUACACGUGCUGCUAUAAGAAGAGGGUGACAGGUUGAUGAAAAGACAAAGGUGAAAACAGUGAGGAGAAGAGUGAGGACAAGUAAGCUCGUCUUUCUUUCCUGAGGAUACGAAAGACAAUAAGUGAUUGGGAUGGCUGUGAACGUUGUCAUUCCUCUUCUCAUUCCCCUGGAGGAGGAUCUACACAACUCCACGCGGCUCCUGACCGGGGAAGGCAUCGGGCCCCUGGAGUUCACGGAGCCCCGCUACUGUGCCCUCAUGCAGGAGGACACAGCGCUGGGAGCCUCCGUAGUCACCGUGCUGGCUGUGCAUCAUAAAGGCGAGGAAGUGCGAUACAGCAUCACGGGCGGGAACAGAGACGGGCUCUUCACCAUCGACCAGCGCUCCGGCGUCAUCACUCUGGCCGCCGCCCUCGACUACGAGAUCCACGACAAGCACGAGCUGGUGGUGGCGGCGGAGGCUGGAGGCGCCGCCGUGCACACUAUCGUGCAGGUGAGGGUGGCUGAUGUGAACGACAACGCGCCUUACUUCCUGCAUCCGGAACCUUUCUUCACCGUGAUCGAGGAGGACGACCGCGACCUUCCCUCCUCCAUUACCACGGUGAAGGCGGCUGACAAGGACCGGCAGGACAAGCAGGGGCUCCUCUACACUCUGAGUGGCGAUGGCGUGGAUGGAUUCUCUCCCUCCGAUGCCUUCUUCAGUAUCAACGCCCACAGUGGAGAACUCAUCCAGCAGCGGGCGCUAGAUCGAGAUCCCCCGCGAGGAAGGCACGUAUGGAAGGUGCGGGUACAAGUGCGGGACGGCCAGGCAUUCCAAUCAGUCCCUGGUGGCGAUGUCCAAGCAGACCCUCACAGCAGCCACAGCCGUCACCCGAGACAAGCCCGGAGGAGAAGCCAGACGCGGGAGACCUUAGACACUAACGAGGGAGAGGAGAGAAGAGUGCUGGAGGCAGAUGGGAAGAGAAAUACGAACGACGAGGUGCUGAAAGAAAUGCCAUCAGAAACUUUUAAGAGCCCUCGUUAUGAAUUGAUGCCAGGUGAAGACAAGUUACUGAUUGGAAAGAUAGUGAAGGACAGUGAUGCAAGGGAACUGGAGGCUCAGUGGACAGCAAGUCAGUUUUUGACUAGGCAUCUAAAUUGCACCGGAACAGCCAUAAACGAAAGGAUCCAAGGACUUCAGCAAAUAACGAGCAGCCAAACCAGUAGUUCCCUCAGUGGGCCGCGGAAGCAAAUUGGGGAGAAAACUCCACAAAAUCCUCAUCCUGAGGCGACGACUCCCUCUCAUGCAGAAAGAGAGUGGCGUGAGCCGGACCAUUCACAGAGAGCUGAAGGCAGUCUGCCAGGAAGGCGGCAUAAUUUUCAGAAGUCUUCAGUUUACAACACCCAGGAAGCGACAGAGACGAAGCGAUUAUCUAAAAGGAAGAUGGAGUUAGUAUAUCCACAAACUUCAGACAUUCCGUGGACAAACGAGCAGCAGCUAAGAACUAAGAGAACCGCAGAGAUUAAAAAUGCAACAGAAAGUUUCCAGAGCCUCAGAGGAUUCAUGCACAGUCGUGAGCCUUGGGUGAACAAGAACAAUACAUUAGGGAUGGUGCGUGCAUCUGGCCAGCCACACCUCGCCGCCCAGCGGCCUGUGGCAUCCGCGGCAAAGCUCUGCCACGGCAAUACAACACUACAUACCAAACUGGAACAAAAUCUCAAUAUCUCUUCUAAUUUUACAGGAAGGAAUUUCAGAUUGCAAUCGAAUCAAGCGUCGCAGACAUUCAAGAAGUCUGCCACGAAAGUUCAGGCAACCAUAAAUUCUGAGCGAAAAAAUAUCUUUAAUAUUUCGACAGAAGAAAAGACAACUUCCGUUGAGGGAGGUGAAUGGCUCCAGCAGGGAGUCAGGAGAAAGCCACGCUCAGAUGUGGACGCGGCCAGAGGCACAGCCGAGACUAAUCCACAACACCUCCCGAUCAAAUCCUCUGAGACUGAAUGGGAAACAUUCUCCACAACUCUGAACCUUGGAAAAAAUGACGCUGAAAAACAGGGAACGGAGAAAAGUAGACAAAGCAAGACGUCCAGUGAAAAUCUGAGUUCAACACGGGAAGGCAUACCCUCUAAAGUUAAUUUGUUUCUUACUCAAGAACCAAUAACUGAACAACACGACUCAAAAACAUCUGGCGUUGAACGAAGUCUCAGGAAGCGAAGAGAGACAAGGGAGCCCAGAAAGACGAGGGACACCAUGCUCUACAACACCUCCUUCGACUCCCCUUACUCUGGAGAAGAAGAGCACACUGCAGGAGGAAACGGCGGAGGUUGCGGUGACAUGAGCGUGUUUGGCGGGAACAGGCAGGAUUACCACGCGUCACGAGCUGAUUGGGUGACGCGUAAGCGGACUCGUGGCGGCCGCGUGCACCUAGUAGAGACUGUGGUGACCCUGUUAGUGAAGGACAUCAACGACAACCCACCUGUGUUCCCCAAUACCACCAUGUUCGGCGAGGUGCAGGAAAACGGCCCCAUUGAUCUGUCAGUUGGAGUGAUCGCUGCUUGGGACGCUGACGACGCCUCAGAGGGAACCAACGCCAAGGUUAUUUACUCCAUCGAAAAGAAUGUCAUUCACGAGCGAACCGGUGAGGCCAUAUUCCGAGUGAACCCCCAGUCGGGCCUUAUCCAGACGGCGCUGUGCUGCCUUGACCGGGAGACAACGCCUGAGUAUCACAUCCAAGUGGUGGCCACAGACGGUGGUGGCCUCAAGGGGACGGGCACGGUGGUGGUGAGGCUGGCGGACGUGAACGACAACUCCCCUCGCCUGGCCCGCCAACUGUGGGAACUGGAGGUGGACGAAACGUGGGGGAAAGGUCCGCCCAACGAUACCACCAUCCUUGAGGUUUCUGCGGCGGACAGAGACACAUCCAACUACUUCUACUACAGGGUGGUGGAGGCGAGCGGCUGGGGGUGGGAGCACUUCAGCAUGCGGUCAGUGGGCGCUGUGGGGCAACUGUACGCCACCAAGACCCUGGACUAUGAGAACGACACUCACAGGAGAGGAUUCAAGUUCAUGGUGCAAGUGACGGACAGAGGCCGCGGGGGGUGGACGGACUCCCGCCACCUGGACGCCGCCUGGGUCUCCGUCAAGCUGAGAGACGUCAAUGAUAACCCUCCUCAAUUUCACCGCCCGCAUGCACACGUCACGGUACGGGAGGACGCCGCCCCUGGCACGUUGCUGGCCGCCCUGCCCGCCCACGACCCAGACAUGGGCGGGACUCAAGGGGUGGAGUACCGCGUGACGGGAGGCUGGGGCACACUCACUGUCAGCAACAAUGGUGACGUGAGUCUGUGGCGCGCCCUGGACCGUGAGGCUCCGGGCGGGGCUAUCGGCGUAGCUCAAAUCAUUGGUGUGGAUCGAGGGUCGCCGCCACUCUCUGCCACCGCCACUCUCACCAUCACCGUGACUGACGUGAACGACUGCGCCCCGACCCUCGUGCCGCCCACCACCCUGCACGUGGCCGAGGGCUCCCCGCCAACCCUCCUCGGAGUGCUGGCCGCCACAGACCAUGACGUGUGGGCGCUGGGACACGGCCCGCCCUUUAACCUCUCGCUGGCUCCCACCAACCCUGCCCACGUGUUUUCUCACAUCUCCCUUAAAUUUGACUCACACCUGGACAGCGGAAGGGGCGGGGCUGAGCUGUGGACAGUGGCGGCCGUGGAUCGAGAGCAGUACCCGCAGCUCCUGGUGGUGGUGGUGGUGGCAGAUGCUCGGGGACUUGCUGCCACCCACACUGUCACUGUCAUCAUCGACGACCUCAACGACAAUCCGAUGAGGCCCGCCGCAAAGACCGUGUACCUGUGGAAGACUCAGGGCGGCGGGUCGGACGCUCCUCUGGGUCGAAUCUACGUGAACGACCCUGACGACUGGGACCUUAAAGAUAAGACUUUCAGCUGGAUGGGGGCGCCGCACCCGCUCUUCUCCCUCAACCAGGAAGACGGCACCAUCUACGCCUCCAGCCACGUGCGGGAGGGAAGGUAUGAGCUCCAGUUUGCGGUUAGUGACAGUGUGUGGGGGCAGACGGGCGUGGCUGCGAACGUGACAGUGGCCGUGCGACUCCUGACCCCUGAUGCCCUGGGCCACGCUGCUGCCGUCACCCUCACGCCCACCACGCCAGAGCACCUCACGCAGGGAUGGACACCCACGGGUGGCGGCGGUGGCCUGGGGCGGCUGGUGGAGGCUGUGGGGAGGAUAGUGGGUGACGCAGCGCACACUGUGGAGGUGGUCAGUGUGUACAGCCUCCAACACCCCCAGCGACUCAGAUCCAGACUGGAGACGCUUCAUUCUACCGAGGAAGAGCUUCAUUCCCUCCCGCCCACCACCACCACUACCCCAGAGCCGACGACACGCCCCAACGCCACCGAGCUACCUGAUGCCUCCUCAGCGCGCCCGUCUACAUGCGUAUGGCUGAGCGUGAGAGAGGGGCGAGAUCGCUUUAUGGACCCGGUUAAGCUGCAAGGUCUACUAGGAUUACACACGCACGUGGUGGAAGACAGGACUGGUUUGAAGGUGGUGGUGGAGGAUCCUGCUGCUGCCUCAGGAACCUGGAGCAAGGAUUUUCAGGAGCAAAUGAGCCCUCACCUUCCCAUGUGGGACCUUAGCGGUGCUCCAGAUCUUUCCUCAGCCGCCACCAGCGCCUCCACAACGCUGCCUCUUCAGGUAGUGGACACUAACGUGACUGCACUGGUGACUCCCCGCCUCACUCGUUCCCUCGCCUGCUACGCCCACGAGCCGGAGACCUGCACAGCUUCCUCGUGCCUGAACGGGGGUCGCUGCAUGAGAACACCCGAGGGAAACAGGUGUGUAUGCCCUCAAGGGUCAUCAGGGCCCCGUUGCAAGGUCCUGGGCCGCACCUUCUCCGGGUCAGGGUGGGCGUGGGUGCGGCGCCUGCCUCCUUGCCUGCCGGUCACUGUGUCUCUCAGAGUAUUAACCAGGCGCCCCAGUGGCCUCCUUCUCUACUCUGGUCCCCUCGCCCCACAGCCCCGCCACCCUCCGCCCACGCCCAUGCUGACCCUGCAGUUGUCGCAAGGGCGUGUGCAGCUUCUGCUUGAGGGUGGAGGGGAGCCGGUGAAAUUGGUGGUGAACGCGACCCUGCAUGAUGGUGACUGGCACACCAUUCACCUCCACCUCCACGCCCAGGGAGCGAUGCUGAUGGUGGACCUCUGUGGACGCGGCUGGGACGAUCACCCAAAGGGUGACGCCCACUGCCUGAAACGCGCUGCCUGGCACCCUCCGCCCGGGGGCGAGUCGUGGCACAUGUCCGUGCCUUUGCAAUUAGGAGGACUGGCCCAUUCCCUGCCACGUCCUAAGGACCAUGGCUGGGUGGAGGCGCCCACCAUGCCCCCGCUAGAUGGCUGCAUCUCACACCUCACUCUAAAUGGUCAGCUGGUGGACCUGGGCGAGCCGGCCUACAGCAUGGCCAGCCGUGGCGGCUGUCACCCGCAGGAGCACGCCUGCCCUGGAGGCCCCUGGGUGUGUGGCUACCAUGGAGAGUGUGUGGGCGGCGUCAACCGGCCACACUGUGAAUGUCAUUCCGGCUGGUCGGGUCCCUCUUGCUCUACGCCUACUGUGCCCGCCAGGCUGGGUAAAAAUUCCUAUCUCAAGAUGGCGCUGUCUUUCACCCCAGCGCCCAGGGAGUUGAACGUUCAAUUGCGGGUGAGGACGAGAGGUUCACGCUCAGGCUUCCUGGUCCAUCUGGCUGCCCACCACCGCUCGGCAGCCUUCACUCUCCACUUACGGGCGGGUGUGGCGUGUGCAUCCGUGUCAGGGCCCGGUUGGGGGACGCGGGUGGCCUGCGUGGAGGGGCGGCCGCUCGGAGACGGAUUAUGGCACACCAUCAGGGCUGAGCGGCGCGGCCACAACCUUGUUCUCAGCGUGGACGAUGGUGACGGGUGGCGACGAAAUGAGUCCCUGGCGUCCUUCCUCUCAGACCCCGUCACCAUCACCAGGCCCGCGCCCCUGCUGGUGGACAAGCACGACGGCAUCAGCGUUGGUGGAAUACCUGAGUUUUCAGGAGUCACCUUAAUCACUGUGCACGACGACCUACACGACACUUGUGUGGACGACUUGCGAGUGUCUGGGCGAAGCUUGCCGUUGCCGCCUGCUCUCAACGGGACCACCUGGGGCCAGAUCACCACCUCAGAGAGGGUGACUCACGACUGUCACGCCCACGACGCCUGUCUCAACACCACCUGCACACCGCCACUUAUCUGCACCAGCAACUGGGGCCACGCCACCUGCAGCUGUGGUUUGGGUCGUCAGCUGGUGGGUCAGAGUUGCAAGGACGUGGACGAGUGUGUGUGGCAGCCAUGUCUACAUAGCGGUAAUUGUUACAACCUGCGGCCCGGGUACCUGUGUGUGUGUGCGCCUGGUUACGCCGGCGAUAACUGUCAGUGGAGCAGUCACCACUCUGGAGGUCACCUCCUCACCGCACCUGCAGCCAUCGCGGCGCUCACAGUCUCGCUACUGCUGCUGGUGGUGAUCGGCAUUGUGAUAUCCAUUCGCCUGCGUCGCCACUGGCUCGGCCGGGCUGUUGGUGGCAGACAUGUGGAGGAAAUGGAGGACGAAGGCGGGGAAAUGAGGGUUGUCAAGUGCAGUGGAACAGAUGAGGGAGGUGGAGGGGAAGGCAAGACACACUUAGAGACCUCCAGCUUGGCCCUGGCUCACCAGGACACUUACCUCGAGUGCCUCAAGUACAGCCUCUCGCACACCCAGCCCUCGUCCCUGCCGCCGCCGCCGCCACCGCCACCACGCAAACCAGACGCGUCUGAGACUGGGGAGGGGAUGUCCAGUUCCCCUUGCUGUCCUGCCGAAUCACCAGCAGCCAGCCAGCCAGCCGCGGUGACCAAGCCGUCGCCAGACCCGCCUUUACCGCGAGACGACUUGAGGGCCUACGCCUACGAGGGUGACGGAUCCUCUGCAGGGUCGCUUGCCUCAGCCAAGUCAGGCCUGCCACCUGACCUGGAGGAGGAGGGAGGCAUCAGACCUCUCGUUUCCGAAUUCCUGGAGGUGAUGGAUUUACUCAAGAAUCUCCCAGAGGCCUCAAAGGACCCAACCUUCCUCAAUAAAGUUCACAGCAAGGCAUCCGCCAAGUCGCAAACGAACGGAGGCACGCAGGAACCUGACAUCCAGCUCACCACCACACCCACUCACCUCAGAAAGCCUCGCCACGUCCCCUCGUCGCCUCAGAGUAGGGAAGAGUUGUCCACUGCCUGCUGAGUCCUUACGGCGCCCCUAACCGGACCAUGCUUCUCAGGGACAACACCAAGUGCACGCCUCCUGUGUCGGUUGGCAUCGUCUCAGUGAAGUGAUGAGACUUGGACUGAUAGAAAUCAAGACAAACUGAAAUCAUUAGUCAUUUUAAUCCAUGGACUAAACUUGCUAACCAAAAUGUUUCCUACAGAUUGCGACAGAUGGCGCGGGCAGCUAAGGGAAGGAGGAGAUAUGCAUAUGCAGGCUGUUCCUUGUCAUUCUGAUUGAAAAUGUUAGUUCGUGGGAGGUACACACACACACACACACACACACACACACACACACACACACACGUGUGUGUGUGUGUGUGUGUGUGUGUGUGUGUUCCUGAUGUCAGAGAGAAAGCAUAGAUCAAAAGUGCGCGUAGCCAAGGAAGGAGAAAAAAUCAUAAGAGGUUUGAUAUGACUAGUGUGGAAGUUCAAAGAAGACCGACAAUGGUAACUUGAUUCCCUCACAAAGAUUUGGAGAACAACCAAGUGAUGGCGAGGGGCAGGCUGCCGAGGGAGAGGAUGGGCAGGGUUUGGGUACUUGCUAACACGAGGAGCAAUACCAGUACUUACAACUUUGUAUCUCACUCAAAUUACAGCGCACAUUUCACGACCAACUCACACAGAUCUAGCAUUCAGUAUAGUGUUGUUAGAUAUUUUAUACAUUUAUAGCCCAUCUUUAAUAAAUGUCCCAU